CCUCAGCCUCCCAGAGUGCCAGGAUCAGAGCAAUCCCCUGACUGCUCCAGGCCAGUUCCUGUGGCUCAGGGUGGAAUUCACUCAGCGGAUCCGGAUCUGGUGAAUAUAAGAGGUCUUGUCCUGUGCCGGAGGAGCCACACCCUGGAGGAGGUGGCCGAACACCAGUCCCCUCCUGCCAGAGCUCGGCAUGGCCCCCUCGGAAGACCCCAGGAACUGGAGAAGCAUGCUCAAAGACACUGUAGACCUGGAGACCGUCUCUGGUGGGAAGCCAGCCCAACCCCAGGCCAUCCCCAAGGCACAUGUGACUUUCAUCAUUGACUGUGCCCGUGGGAAGCAGCUCUCCCUGGCAGCACCCCCAGUGCCACCCCAAGUUCCUACUCCCAGAAAGAGUCCUGUCACCCCAUCAAUGAAGACCUAUAUUGUGUUCUGCAGGGAAAACCAAGCCCCCACGACUCAGGGCAUCCCUCUGGAGAGAUGGCACUCUGCCCAGGCCAAGAACACCCUGGUCCCCUGCCCAGGGGCCCAGGCCCCCACCUCGCACCCUGCCAGCCUGUGCAGUCCCCAGGAGCUUCCUAGAGCCAAGAGGAGCCCCCAGAAGGUGAGGGCUGCAGCAUCUUCACCUUGGGGGGCUGUCAAGGGCUCGCUCAAAAAAGCCCUGUCUUCCUGUGUCUGUGGGCAGGCUGAUUAGGGCCAACCUCCUUUCCCUAGCCAGGAGGGAGUCUUCCAGCCUGAGCCCAAGGAAGCACAUGGGGCCCUUGGCAGAGACCAGGCCAGGGCCACCACUGUCGUUUUCUGGGGGCUCACAUUUUUGGGGUGAGGGCUGGG